UUACAAGACAUGUGGACGUUUCAGACCUCCGUUCACAAUAGGUGAUGCGGAGACGAUCUGGGGAUUCAUCCAGCUCCUCCACAACAAGGAAAUUCCUCAGUAUGAGAACGAAGAUUGAGAUGAUAUCUGGAUCCUUUUCCCACCAAAAAUCUGGACACCACAAUGUUUUCUUUGUACUUUGUGUCUAUAUAUAAACGGCGAGAAGACGUUUUUUGUGACAAAGUGCUUGUUUCACUUAAGAAAAAAACGACAAGGGGAAUUAAAACAACAAUGAAUAAUAUGGAAUUAAGCUAAUGUGGAGGAAACAUUCAGAUUGGAGUUCAAGGACGGCGCAAAAAUUGGCAACACCUCAUCUACCACGUGACUCUGAUUCCAUCAUUAUUUCUGGAGGAAUUCUAUGGAAACUCCUUUGCUCGAUAAACUGGAUUUUCGCUAGCAAACAGAAGUGCUUCAUUUGCUCUGAGCAGAGAGAGUCUGUGACAAUGCUGGACGAGCCCUCAGAAAUAACAAAAGCACAACUUCCCAAGGCAGAAUGGCUAACGUCAAGCAAACAGACAGCGUGGAUUGGCCUUCGCAUUGGGCAGCGCUGCUCAUUCUUCUGGUCAUCGUUCCCACCAUCGGCGGAAACAUAUUGGUCAUUCUGGCAGUGUCGCUGGAGAGAAAACUCCAGAACGCCACUAACUUCUUCCUGAUGUCUCUGGCUGUGGCUGAUCUGCUGGUAGGACUGCUGGUGAUGCCCAUCGCUCUGGUCACAGUGCUUUACAACUCCACAUGGCCCCUUGCAGAUUUCCUGUGCCCGAUCUGGCUGUUUCUGGACGUCUUGUUCUCCACUGCGUCCAUCAUGCACCUGUGCGCCAUCUCUCUGGACCGCUACAUAGCCAUUAAAAAACCCAUCCAGCACAGCCAAUUCAAGUCCAGAGCUAAAGUGCUGGCUAAAAUAGCACUUGUCUGGCUAAUCUCCAUAGGUAUUGCGAUACCGAUUCCAAUCAAAGGGCUUCAAUUCUUUGAUCAUCCGAACAUCACCUUCAACAAAAACCACACUUGCUUGCUGUCGCCAGAGGGCUUCAGGGACUUCAAGGUGUAUGGGUCUUUGGUGGCUUUCUUCAUACCCCUCGCAAUCAUGAUGAUCAUUUACUUGCUGACAAUCCAAGUACUGCGCAAAAAGGCCUACCUUUUAAAAUCAAGAGCUGCAAGGCCCUCCAUUUCCACAGUCUUCCAGCAGGAACUCUCAGUUCUUGCUUCACCGGAGAAAAUGGUCAUAUCAAAUGGAAUAAAAAGGGACCGAACACUGAAUCCUGUCAAUCCCAUCACAGGAGAUGAGGUCCCUCUGCGCAGGAUGUCCACCAUAGGAAAGAGGUCCAUGCAAAACUUGACCAAUGAACAAAGGGCCUCGAAGGUCCUGGGGAUCGUAUUCAUGCUGUUUGUUGUGAUGUGGUGUCCUUUCUUCAUUACUAAUGUGAUUUCUGUGCUCUGUGAAGGGUGCAACAGUAAUCUGGUGGACCAGUUGCUGGAUAUCUUUCAGUGGGUGGGCUAUGUUUCAUCGGGCAUCAACCCGCUGGUUUAUACGCUGUUCAAUAGGACGUUCAGACUGGCCUUCAGGCGCUACAUCACCUGUAACUACAAGCGUGUGAGGACUCCGAAACUGCAACGGAGAAGCAAAAUCUCCUUUCGUUCAUCUGUGACAGAAAACUCAAAGCGGUUUAUGAAACACGGUAUGAAGAACGGCAUCAGCCCUGUAGGUUAUCAGAGUCCUAUCCGGCAUCGAUCAACGCAGCUGCAGACGUCUGCAAAUAUCAUGUUAGACACGUUGCUCUUGACAGACAAUGAAGACUGCAAACCCGAUGAACACGUAAGCCAUGUGUAGAAGAUCUCAUGAAAAGACAAGAAAGAGAUGUGCGAUAGUCUUGAACCAAUGAAAUAUGGCAACAUUAGGAUCUUGCACCCAAUUUAUGAAUGUUUCCAUAGUUCCUAUAACUACUGGUGGACGUACACCUUGUUUUUGGCAUGCUUGCUUCACAGGAACUGGGAAUGUUUUUAGUAGAGAACCAUUUGGUGAACUAAAUUCAGACUAGAAUCCAUCCUUUGGGUUCCUACAGGUGGUAAGUGCAACCAGAAACAUGCCCUGAAAGGGAAAUUUUGUUGUCAGAGGUCUGGUGGCUUGUUCCUGUAACUACCUGUUCCAAAAAGCCCUCAAAUAAAUUCAACAGGACCAUAUAUAAAGGUCAGAGGUUCCUUUUCUAUAUUAGCAAUUUAUAACUAUGUUUACACGACAAUGAUGUAGCCAAAAAAAGCAAGAAUUCUCACUUUUACACAAAAAGGUUUUCAAAACAAUCCACAUUUACACACCCACAAAAAUGACCAAAACCACUGUAUCAAGAACACCAGGCCAGUAUUUUCCACCAUCACUUCCCUACACAUACUGUUUACUAACAAGGUGAAUGAAUAUGUGCGGUCGGUGACCCUGUGCAGGUUUAAGAAUGGUAUCUGCUGUUAGUUGUGAAGUGAAACCACACUUUGCUAAUGAAGCAUUGAGCAACAACUACACUAGCACAUACUUCACCAUUGUUGUGCGUUUGGUUGUGCUUGACUUUAAUCUACACCUCCUAAAAAACAUACUAUACACGCACAUGACAUCAUUUUCAAAGACUCAUUUUAGGGUGUUUACACAGACACGCCAAUAGCAGCAUUUUUUACAAUUCCACUUUUAUUCCAGCUUCAUGCAUUUUCACAAAAAUGCAGCUGUCAUGCAAA